AUGGUAAUGACUCUUUCAGGGAUUUUGGAUGAUUUGAUUGAUAAUGCCUUCGACGCCGGCCAUUACGGGAUUGGUCAAUCCACCCACCAACUCCGCCCCACGGCCGACUGCAAGGCAGGAGCGAUCCACUUCUUCGACGUCACCGUGUCCAACAAGGCCGGCCUCCCCGUCACCAUUCCCGCCGCGGUCUGCAUUUUCGAAGACGACGCAGGAGCCCUAAUGAAAAAAUAUAACCCGGUCGAUCGCCGCUCGUACGUGGUCCGAAAUCAGCGCCUCGUCGUCACCUUCACUUCCGGCUUAGGAAAUUACGACUACGAAUGGAAGUGGAUUUUCCAUCUCGAUGCAUCUAUAAAGAUGGAAGUCAAUCUCCAAGGAAUCGACAAUCCCACGUUCAUCUCCUCCCGCCAAGGCGGUGCGGGAACGCCUAUUUACGGCACCGUUCUGACACCAACGCCCGGAAUCCUGGCGCAGAAUCAUCAGCACUUUUUCACCGUUAGGAUCGACACGGAGAUCGAUGGAAAUUCAAAUACUGCCGCGGUUGUUGACGUAGUCUCAGCAGGUUUGGAAAUUCCCGAUAAAUCUUAA